AGUCCUUCAACUCUUGGACGUCUGACACAUUUUUCUCCACGGCAUGAUGUGGCACGACUCAACUGGCAAGUGGGCAGUGGAUACCAAUGGAAGAGAUGUGCCACUAUACCAGCCCAACCCCUCCACACUUGUCAAUGAUCAUUUAAAACUUUAAAAAGCUACCAACAAUGCUUUUUUAGUUUCUACUUUCCAGCCUUUGAAGACCAAAAGGGAUGAUAAAUUUCACCAACCUUCAUCUCCACCCCUGCUUUCCUCACUAGUCUUUCUCUCCCCAUACUCAUUCUCUCUAUCUUCCUUCUUUUUAACUGGCUAUAUCACUUCUUCUCAUCCAAUUCCGGUGGUAGCAGCUUAUAAAGUCUCAUCCAAUUCCGGUGGUAGCAGCAUAUAAAGUAUGAAAGGAGUGAAGGGAAGAUUCCUAAAGAAACUGAAACGUUUUCCAACCAUCACCACUCUGAAACAGAGCCUAAUUCUUCAGGUUCCGGACAGUAUUAGCAUAUCCAAGCUCUCAAAAGAUCACAAAGAUGAAGAAAUUGAAUCAGGUUUUCUCGAUGGCGACAAAGAAAAACUUACACCCCCCAUGAAGUCCAGAGAUCCGGUCUCUGCCAAGGAUAAUUCAGAGCUUAUGAUCUCAUCAGAGGUUCAGAUUGAUCAUAGUAUUCAGGGCAGAGAUGGCUUGACAGAGUCCAGAGCCUGUGACUUAGAGGAAAGAGUCAUGGACAAUGCCUCUACCCAUAAAGCAAAGGUAGAGAUUGAAGAGCAUCCAUCCCUGUUAGACUUUGAAGAGAAAUGUCCACCAGGAGGGAGGGACUCAGUCAUUUUCUACACAACAAGCUUGAGGGGAAUAAGGAAAACUUUUGAGGACUGCAGUGCCAUCCGGUUUCUGUUGGAAAGCUUUCGAGUGUUGUUCCAGGAGAGGGAUGUAUCGAUGCACAUGGAGUUCAGGGAGGAGCUGUGGAGGAUGAUGGGCGGCCGCGUAGUCCCUCCAAGGCUUUUCAUCAAGGGAAGGCACAUUGGCGGAGCGGAUGAGGUGGUUGGAUUGCACGAGCAAGGAAAGCUGAAGAAGCUGUUGGAAGGGAUACCACUCUCUCCAACCAACAACUCUCCAUGCAAGGGCUGUGGCGGCAUGAAGUUCUUGCUAUGCUUCAAUUGCAAUGGAAGCUGCAAGGUGAUUGCAGAUGGGGAUGGUGACGGUGAUGAUCUACUUCAUAUCAGAUGCCCUGAAUGCAACGAAAAUGGAUUAAUUAAAUGCCCCAUUUGCUGCUGAAAGUCUCAAUCUCCAUUUCCACUGCCCUCUCCUUAGCUUGUAAUAUACUUGUUUAACUUACAUGUCCUGGUUUUCAUAUCACAUUCCUCCCUCCCCCUUUUUGUAUGAACCUUUAGAAUUAACUUGUAUUGCAUAUGAGCUUGUGCAGAUUCUUCUUUA